UUGUGGAGAGUAUAUAUAUUCAACGGCAUGGCGAUCUUGUCUCGUAGUUGCUUGGUGAGUCUCCAAGAAGAAGCAUCACUGAAAAAGGAAUUCCUGUGUAUUUGGUUUUCGUUCAGUCAUCCGUCCAUCAUGCGCUGGACGGUGAUAGUGGUGGUAGUGUGGGUGGCGGCAGUGGGGGUGGGGCGCUCCGCCAAGCUUGGCCACCAUGGAGCGGGUUGCGACUGUGAGGAGGACACCGGGCCGGUGGGCAGCUUCUUCGUGGCGCCGCUGCCCUCCGGUGGAACCCACACCUCCUUUGCCGGCUUUGGUACGCCGUCCAAGGCGGAGGAUGUGAAGGGAGCAUCCUUCAGCACCAGUGGAUCAGGGGGGACAGCAGCAGCUGCCGGCAGCGGUAGUCGCGGUGCCAGUGUCACCACUGGCGGCCACCAUGCAGCGGGAACCCAUAGUACCAGCAGGGGCACUUACAGCCAAACCGUUCACGGGGCGACAUCUGGUGCCUCGGGAGCUGCGGGAUUUAGAGGCAGCACAGUCUCCGGUGGCCAUGUGUCCUCCACGGGAAGCUCUUCAUUUUCCUCAUUUGCCGGGUGA